UGGAGCUUAAAAAUGUCCAAGAUUGCAUCACGUACUGUCUCUUUCAUCCGCAAUUUGGUCCUUCUAGACGGAAACGCAGUCAAAAUGUUUACAUUUCCUAAUGAAGACGCAGACAUAUGGAUGGUUAAGAGGAAAACAGAAAAUGUGGGCGUAAAUAUCUCGGUUCGUCUUCCUGUACUUGAGAUGAAAAUGCACUGCAAUGUGACAUUUUUUAAAACUCAUUUCUCAGUUGGUUGGAGCUCAUUAAUGCGGCUUAGGCCAAACCAAGUGAAAUUUUACAAACUGAAAAGGAAAGUUAGUAAAUAGAGAAAGAUGUCAAAAGGAAAUGAAGACUGAUUUCCAUUUAAUCAGCACGUUUUUAUUUUCCACAGGUAAGAAUUAUGGUAGACCGUUUUGCAUGACUUAAAAGGUUGGAGAUAAAUCAUGCUAACAGGAAGCUAAAACUGUAUGGUUGCUCACCGUUUUUCAAGUAGCUGCACUCUUCAUUUGGAACACAGUCCCAGUACUCAACAGUCCUCAGAUUCAACAGUGUCAUGGAAAAUUCAACCGAAACCGGAAAAACAGCAAUGACGGCACUGCAAUUGACAGAGUAUACCUUCUUUGCUGUUAUAUUUAUUUUCGCUGUGACCGGAAAUACCCUCGUCUGCCUCGUAAUUGCACAGACACCUCGUAUGCGCACCACUCGUAACUUUCUGCUUGUAAACUUGGCAAUUUCAGACCUAAUGGUGGCUUUAUUUUGCAUCCCGUUUGAUGUCGUGUUAAAAGUGACCUCUCCUGUGUGGCCACUUGGUGAAGCACUGUGCAAAGUUGUAUGGCCUGCUAUGACGCUGUUCACAAACUGCUCAGCGGCAACUCUUGCAGCAAUAAGUUAUGACAGGUAUCGAGCCGUAAUAUACCCUUGGAAGCCUCGCUUCACGACAGUUCAAACAUCCAUCAUAAUAAGCUCCACAUGGUUAAUGUCUUUGCUUCUUGUUCUACCCUACAUUCUGGCGUUAAAGAUGGUGGAAGGUGAAUGCCGAGAAGACUGGCCGGUGCCUGUUGCUGUAAAACUGUACACACUGGGCUUGUUUGUGUUCCAAUACGCACUUCCACUCUCGAUCAUAGGCUUUGCGUAUUUCAUGGUGGCGCUGAAGCUACGUGAACAAGCAAGCAUCCUGGCAAGAAAUCGUAAAGCGAGUGGCAUAUCUGAAAGUGCGUAUGAAAAAGCUAAGAAUGCCGGGUCCAGUCAGUACAUGGAGUCUGCUAUGGAAAGCGAGCUAGCGUCAAAUGAUCCCUCCUUCGCUAACAGUACUCAGAUGUCGGUCAUAAAUAACAAAACAAAGUUCACAGCGAGCAAGCCUUCGAACACACGGAAGGAGGAGAAACGGCUGCAGAGAUCAACGAAGAUUAUCAAGAUGUUGGUUUCAGUCGUGCUUCUCUACGCCAUAUGCCUUCUGCCCAAUCAAGUCGUGUGGCUAUGGUAUGAGUUUGGUUCAGGUGCCAAUUGGCCCCAUUUAAGUACAUUUCUUACUUUCGGAAGUCUCAUGGUUUAUGUUAAUAGCUGUGUAAACCCACUACUCUAUGCUGGUAUGAACGACGAGUUCAGGAAAGGUUUUGCGAGGAUUCUUAGAUGUCAAUGCAACAACGGUCGUUCGACUUAGUUCCAUUCAUUUUAAAGAAAGGAAAUCAAAUUAGUAUGUUGAACCACUUGCAAGGCCGAGUCUAUCUAUUUUUUCAUCACAGUCACAGUUUAUCAACUUUUCUCACAACACCUGCCACUGGUUAAGUGAUGAACUAACCUCUAGCG